AUGGCUCUCCGGCUCUCUUCCGACCCAUCUACGGAAAGUCACCAACUGCGUGCGAAGGCCGUUAUUGCGAGCAUUCUAUUGCUGUCCUAUCUUGAGGUACAUUGGCCAACAUCAGGGGCGUGGCUGAUGCACUUAGACGGCGCUCUUAGGAUGGAAGCCAUUGUUCAGCUGGCGACCUUUAAUGAUGCUACGGCUUUUUUUCUGUCGGAAGAGCUCUUCGCCGCCAGCACUUGGCCGCUUCUGACGAGGUUCAACUCUCACUCGACUUUCACCAUUUAUGAUUCCGAGUUGGACGGGGAGUGGAGCUUGGGAAGAAUGCACCGACCGGUGUCUGUAUUCACAGCAUUCCUAUCAAUUCUCAGAGAUAUAACACGCAUUGAGCGCCAAUAUUGCGAGACCGUCAAUGACCCUGGGAACCAGCUCCACCUCAGAAGGGUUUUCGAAGAAGUACAACUGAACCUCACGCAAGCUCAUAAAUCGGCAAUCGAUGCGUUGAGAUCGAAGUUGAUUAUUCAUCCCACUUCCCAUGCGGAGGACAUGAAGCAUCUCAUUGACGCCUACUUCUACUCAACCAAGAUAUAUAGCUACCGAGCGCUCGUUCAUUUCGAGUUCGAUCCUAAUAGCCUCCGCAGCAUGCGCGGUCGUCUCCUUGACGCGCUCCUUGCCUUUCGGAACCCCGAUUCCUUUGCCCAAGAUCAGCCUUGGCCAUUAUUUGUCGUGGGUGUGGAAAGCACAGAUGAUGUAUCUAGUCAACACUGGGUCGAACAUCGCAUGAACCGUGUCAUUCAGUUAUACUGUUCCAUCGACCGGCCAAGGAUGCUCUGCUUCCUCAGAGCGUUUUGGGCGCAGAAAAUCCAGCGGAAUUGGAUCAGUUUUGCACGGAAAUGGACCAAAGACUAUUUUGAGUUUCUUGUACUAUAA